AUGGUCAACUUGAGCGCGUCUUUCGCCUCCUGGCCCUACUGGAUGCAGUUUGCUUUUCUUGGUAGCAACGCCCAGCAGUACAAUGCCUCGUCCGUCUCACUCGCCGACAUUAUACCCCGUCGUGACGUACUCUACGUCGGCGGUGAGUAUACCAACGUUACCGACCGCUCCACCAAUGCCACGUCAAUAGCCCACGUCGGCCAAAUAUACGUCGAAAAGCUAACCCCCAACCCCGCCCCUCCGACCAUCGAUCGCCACGCUCAGAUCCCCAUCAUCUUCAUCGCCGGCGCCGCACAGACCGGCACCAACUUCCUCGCCACCCCUGAUGGCCGUCCCGGCUGGGCCUCGUAUUUCCUCUCCAAAGGCCACACCGUCUACCUCUCCGACCAGCCAGCCCGUGGCCGCUCCGCCUGGCAGCCCUCCGGCGAGGGCCGCUUUGGCACCAUAGGCUCCCCGCAGUCCGUCUCCGACAUUUUUACCGACACGGCUAACAAUGGCAACAAAUGGCCCCAGGCCAAGCUACACACACAAUGGCCGGGGACGGGACGCAUGGGCGAUCCAACCUUUGACGCGUUCUAUAGAAGCCAGGUCCCGUUGCAGACUAACCGCUUCAUCAGCGAGGAGCAAAACGCAAAGGCGUACGCCGCACUCGUCGACAUCGUCGGCGAAUGCUACAUCAUCAGCCACUCCCAAGCAGGCGCAUAUGGCUGGCGGGUCGGCGACAUGCGUCCCAACCUUGUCAAGGGCAUCGUCCAGCUCGAGCCCUCCGGACCACCUUUUACCCUGCGCCCACCCUUUGGCAACGAUCCCGCCUUUGCUUUUGGCCUGACCGACCUGCCCAUCGGCUACAGCCCGCCCGCCGGGCUCCUCGCCGAGCUCAUCAAGACACGCAUCGUGCCUGCCGUCGAUGCCGAACACGACGUGUGCAUCAUGCAGACGUGCCCGGUCAAGAAGCUGACCAACCUCGCGCGCAUCCCUGAGCUCGUCGUCACGGGUGAGGCCUCUUUCCACGCCCCCUACGAUUACUGCACCGUAGCGUAUCUGAAGCAGGUGGGCGUGGACGUCGAGUAUGCCGACUUGGGCAAAGAGGGCAUCCAUGGAAAUGGACACAUGUUCUUCAUGGAGAAGAAUAACAUUGAGAUUGCGGAGAGGGUCAAUCAGUGGCUAGAGAAGCAGCAGUCUAAGAGAAGCUCAUUAGAGGAAAGAGAGAAACAGAGGGAAACAGAGUGCUAG